AUGAGAAUUCUAUAUUCGUCCAAAGAAAAAUAUACAAAGUAUUUCCAUAGAGGGUACUUAAUAAAAUCCGAUACGAAUGUAAAUGACACAACAAAACUAUAUCCUUGUGUUUUUUUGAAAAGUGGAGAAAAAAGAUUGGUAAAAAAAAUCGAUAAAAAUAUAUUUAAAGGAGAAAUAUUGAAUGCUUUACUUAAAUUAAGAACUUAUACUUAUAAGAAUGACUCAAGUUUACCAAAAUAUUUACUAAAAACAUAUAACAUUUAUGAAGAUGAUAAGUUUUCUUAUGUUAUCUUUGAAAAUUGCGCCGGUGGGUUCUUUUUUGAUAUACUAAAGGACAAUAAUGUAAUUAAUGAAAAUAUAUUAGCUGAAUGGUUUUAUCAAAUAUUAACCGCUCUGAAUUUUUUAGAAAAAACAAAUAUAUAUCACGGAAAUUUAAAUGGAUACUGUAUACAUUUUAAGGAUAAGACACGAAAGGAAAUAAGAGUAAGUUUAUUAAGUAUAAAUAAUAAUUAUGACAAUAUUGAUGAAAAAGGUGACUUAUAUGGAUUAUAUUUUAUUAGAUCUCCACAAGAAAUAAAAAAAUUAUAUCAUGAUAAAAACAAUUCAUGGUAUGUAGGAAUGCUAUUGUAUUUUAUCUUACAUGGGUCAUAUCCAUUUAUAAAUAAUAAUGUUUUGGUAAAUUAUUAUAAUAUUGUACAAAAUAAUAUUCCUUUUACGGCCUUAAAACUGGACCAUAAAAAUUAUACUAAUUUGAUGUAUGAUUUUCUUAAAAGUGCCUUAGAAAAGGACUAUGACAUGAGGCCCUCAGUAGAGGGUUUACUAAAUCAUCCUUGGAUAAAAAAAAAAGGAGAGCACCCUAUAUAUGAAAUAUUGGAUGAAAAUACUCGAAGGAUGGGAAUAAACCAAAUAAAAGCCAUAGAACAAAAUAUGAACAACAUUUACGAACUCAACAAUAUAUAA